AUUCCGGGAUAAAUAUUCGGGUUAUUGGUGAAAUUUGCCAGCAUUUCCGAAAUGUUUCACGCGGGCUUUGGUUAAUUAGAUUGAGUCUCUGUGGGUGAAGUGCAAAAUUAGUUAAUGGUUUUUGGGAUUCUCUUGUUCUGGAAUUUGGAGUUUGGGUGGAAUUUCGCCUGUCAGUUAUCGUUGGCAUUUAAAAUGGAAUUAUUUAGAAGUGACACCCAUUUCAUUUUCGUACAGGAGAGACACAACUUGUGGUGUGAUAGAAUAACUGGAGAAUUCUCCGCUAAAGCUGAUUGGGAAUGGGCAACAGCCAACAAUUUGGAAUGUCUUGGAAUUUGUCAUGGAAUAAUUGGAAAAAUCGAACAAACAUCCUUCAUGGAACCCAGAAUAAUGUUGAUAAAGGAUAUAUCAACAGUAGGAGAAUUAUAUGGAAACCGUAUCGUCCACAAGAUUAAAUCGGUAGCAUUCUUACAAAUUGGUUCAGAAAACUCUGAUUUGGGUCUAAAUCGAUGCAAAAAACAUGGAGGCAUGUCGAAGAUCUCAAUGGGGAGUUCGUUCGACGCUCCUCAGAAAACCGGAUUCAUGAAGACCUGGGGAACAAUUAAAAGCGCUACGAAUACUAUCAAGAAUACGACUCAACAGGCUGCAGCUAUUGCUACAUCUCAAGUGAAGUCGACUGUGAUCAAACGAAGUAUUGGUAAAGAUAAGGAGAAGUUUGAGAGAAGAAUACUGGAGGAACUGAACAAAGUUUUUGGCGAGACGGAUUCAUUCUUCUUCUGUCAAAAUGGAGAUAUUACCAAUUGUCUACAGAGGCAAAGGGAGAACGAGGAGAAAUCUAAAGGAAUGGGGGAAAAAGAAAAACCCCUGUGGAAGACCGUUGACGAUCGAUUUUUUUGGAACAAAUACAUGCUUCAAGAUCUCAUCAAUUUAAACAGUGACGCUGCGAAUUAUUGGAUUCUACCUAUUAUCCAAGGAUAUAUUCAGAUUGAAAAAUGUAAAGUUGAAGUGGGAUAUGAUAAUCAACCGCAGUAUGAAACAUUCAACCUUGCCAUCAUUUCCAGAAGGAGUAGAUUUCGAGCUGGCACCAGAUAUAAGAGGCGAGGAGUGGAUGAAGCGGGAAAGUGUGCCAAUUAUGUGGAGACAGAACAAUUGGUGUGGUAUCAUGACCAUCAAGUGUCAUUCGUUCAGGUCCGUGGAAGUGUUCCAGUCUACUGGUCUCAACCAGGAUAUAAAUAUAGACCUCCACCGCGCAUUGAUAGAGAUGAAAUUGAGACGCAGGUCGCAUUCGAAAAACACUUUGAAGAGGAAUUAUCGUAUUAUGGUCCCAUAUGCAUUGUGAAUUUGAUAGAACAAAGUGGAAAGGAGAAAAUAAUCUGGGAUGCGUACAAUAAUCACGUAAUCAAUUAUAAUCAUCAGGACAUCACUUACACAACAUUUGAUUUCCAUGAAUACUGUCGGGGAAUGCAUUUUGAAAAUGUUUCGAUCCUGGUGAAUGCUCUGAGUGGAGUUCUUACGGAAAUGGGUUAUUGCUGGCAUGACGCUCAAGGUCCAAUUUGCUCCCAGAAAGGAGUAUUCAGGAUAAACUGCAUUGACUGCUUGGACAGAACAAAUGUCGUACAGACUGCAGUUGGAAAAACUGUCAUGGAAAUGCAGUUUUCGAAAUUGGGAUUGAUCCCCCCUGAUGGCACGUUACCAACGAAUCUUAGACAGACUUUUCAAUUAUUAUGGGCUAAUAAUGGUGAUAUUAUUAGCAAACAAUAUGCAGGAACCAAUGCAUUGAAGGGAGAUUAUACGAGAACCGGUGAGAGAAAAUUUACAGGACUCAUGAAAGAUGGUGUAAACUCGGCAAACAGAUAUUACCAGCAACACUUUUUGGAUGAGGCACGUCAAGCGGCGAUUGACCUCACGGUCGGUAAUCAAGUCGACGUUGAGAGUUUGAGGGACGAUUGGUCGCAUUGUUUACAAAUACUUGACAGUUGUUGUCUCGAAUUAAUACCCGUAAAACCACCGAACAUACAACUAUUCAUUGCAGAACAUCCUGAUAUCCUAUUUGCAAGUGUCCUUUACGAUCUAGGCAGGUAUUAUUUAAAUAGAUUCAAAGACGUCUACAGACAAGCCAGUAUUGACUUAAUGUUAGGUCACUCGGUAAAUGAGGAAAUAUUUCACGAGCGUAAUGAGGAAGAGGACAAUGCUGCAACAGCAUUCCACGUUAAACUAUUGGUCGAAGACUGCAAGAAGCUUCUAAUCCCCGAUCCCGAAGUGAUUUUAGGAAGUUGGGGUCUCAUUGAUGCGGAUCCAUUGACAGGUGAUCCUAGUGAAACUGAAAUGGAUUCAAUUCUGAUUCUCACGAGGGACAGUUAUUACGUUGCCGAUUACGACGAUCAGAUCGACAAAGUGACAAACUACCAGAAAGUUUUACUUUCCGAAAUCGUAAUGAUCGAAUUCGGCCAGCCAGACAGUGGAGUAUCUCUCUUCAAAAACAAACAGCACCAUUGCAUCAGGAUAAACUACAAAAUGGGCAGUGAAUACGGAUAUUUUCACAUGUUCAGAAGCACCAACCUUCGGUUCUUCAAUAAUAUGACAGUUGUCAUAAAAACUGAUGAAGAAAUGAUUGAGUCAAUGAAAGCUAUUUGCGAGACAUUUUCAGUUGCUGUUGAGAUUGCUGCACUCCCGAAGAUUCCCGUCGCCAUGAAUGUUCCUCUGGACAAACGAACGAGUAAACCAGUCAAAGCGAAAGGAUCAACAAUUCUCCUUGACAUCUCCUCUUUUCCUCAAAUAACCAGGAAUGUCUCUGAAACCCAGCUCCUAGCACUCAAAAGCGCUGGGACGAAAGCCCUGAGUAAUAUGUCAGAGCAAUUCAGCAAAUUGAAUAAAUUAGGUUCCACCUUCAGUGGAGGAAAGAAAUCGGAUAAAUCCUCGACAAAAGUCCCAGAUGCGAGUAAAAAAACCACCUUCACUGUUGGAAAUUAUGACCUAGCAGGAAAAAGAAGUGGUGACCCUGAGGAAAUCCACAGCAGUGGUGGAAGCAGUGGAAGUAGUCCAGUCCCUCAAGAAUUCACUGGAGUUGAAGAUAAAAAUUCCCAAUUUUAUUACAGUCAAGCUGAUUUAGCGAUUGAUGGGUUGAAUUUGGUGUCACCAUCAGAGGGUGAUAAACCAGCCCCUGAGAUCACAAUUCAAGCAGCUGGAGAAACCGAGAAGGAAGAGAGAGAGAGAGCCCUGCCACCUUCCACCUUAAAUUUGACGAAGAACAUCAGUCAUUCCUCUAGUGAAGUCGAUGGGAAUGUCCAUCCCAAUAAAAACAUGCAGCUCGAUCCCUCCGGUGGAGAUAAAAAACGCAGCAGCUCAGAGCAGGAUCUAACAGUCAAUAAUAUAACAUCAUCACAGAGUGAAUCUGCCAUAAAAUCACUCAAAACGAAUGUUGCAAAUGCGGCGUCGCCUGUAGCAAAUACUGCGAAGGAAAUUCUCUCUCCAUUCUCGAAAUUUGCUAAAGGUGUACAGACUUUUGGGGCUAAUUUAGACCCUCGGAAACUUAAGCAUGGACAGGUCUCUGUAGCCAGAACUCUCUCUGAUCAGCAUUUAAAUGAAAGGCAGAAGCUCAUCGAACGAUGGCAGAAUUGCCGAUCCACACUCAUCGCUCUCUAGAUCAUUCGUUAAAUUUUAUUGAAUUCAGUUGAAUGUGGACUAACGCUUUUCACAUGGCGAGUAGAAACGACGUAAGGUAAUGCAACUCAAGAGAAAGUUCUUAGGAUCUAGGAGUACUUGCUCCUAUGAUUUUUUAGAGGAAUCGCCUUAGUCAAUUAUGUACAUAUUAAUUAUUUAGAAUAAAUUGAUUGUGUAGUUAGAAAUCGAUAUGAGUUAGGCAUUCAUCUGUAUCCAGAAUGAAUUUCUCGAAAUUUUUCGAAGGAAAAGAAUAACGAGAGGAUUCUUCCUAUGUAAAUGAUUAUUAUUGAAAUGCGUCGAGGUAGAAUUGCUUGGACUUUUGGUCCAUCAUUGAUUGGAAGUUUUCAGCCUGUGAUACAUUGUCGAACGAUAAUUCGAUUCAAUUCCGAUAAUUCUCUGAAUUAAAUGGGUCUACAAAGAGAACAAUUUUAAUUCUAGUUUUCACGUAAUGGAAACAUUAGGCGGCAGUAUUUCUUACUUUUAUGUUUCUAGUUAUUGGUAUUUGCAGCAAUACGAAUAGCAUUGUUCAGUAAUAGUAUUUCAUAUAACGCUUAAGAUGUUACAGUUUUAGAGUGACAGAAUCACAUGGAUACGUCACGUUUAUGAAAUAAGUGGAUAUUAUCACGUAAUGAACACAUUUCUCCGAAGAUAUUAGCGAUUUUUUUCCAAAUGAAAUUUUCUGUUAAAAUUCUCUAUUUCUGUUGAAAAUCUCUCAAAGUUUUAUUCUCAUUUUAAAAAUCCAAUGAUAUUGGUUUGUUAAACUAUCACGACUAUUAACAACAAAAAUAAUAAACUUUUAAGACUUCUCUGAAAUCAUUUGAAGAAUUAUCUUGGGUGUUGUUGUAGAGGAAUCGCACAAGUAAAUUAUUUUGUAGAAAUGUAAACACAAGCUGUGAGGUGUAAUGGAUAUACAGAGAUUAUGGAAUAAAGAAGAAAAAUAUUAUGUAACACUA